AUGCCAGCACUGGUAGUUAUUUUGCUAACUGCUAGUUCAACCAAUGCCAGUGCCCAUAUUAUACAUGUUGAUAAUGCUGCUGAUGAUGAUGAUGUACUGGCAAUGAUGGUAAUGCCUGGCGAUGGUGCUGGCGAUACUACCGGUGGUGCCGUACGGCAUAUAAUUAGCAGUUUAAGUCAACAGGAAUUAAAUGCUAGUAGUAUUAUUGGUAAACUACAUACCAGUGCUCUAACAGCACUGUCACUAUCGUCAUCAUCGUCAGGAGGACCGGCAGCUGAUGAUGACGACAACAACGAUAAGCUAUUACUACUACACCAACAACAACAUAGUGGCCAACUGUCCACAUCAGACACGGAUAGCUAUUAUGGUCUAACCGAAAUACAUGCCGUAGCCGGCGGUAAGGUAUCGCUGCCGUGUAAUACCAGCUACUGGGGCGACAACGAUGUUUCACUAGUACUAUGGUAUAGGGACGGUACCGAUGGUAUACCCAUCUAUAGGGUCGACGCACGCAAUACACCCCUUCCCCACUCCAAGCACUCGCCUACCGAUUCACUGGGCAAACGAUUUCAUUUCGAUACCAAUCAGCGGCCACCGGUACUCAAGAUUUAUCCGGUCGGCGGUCACGAUCAGGGAGAGUACCGGUGUCGGGUUGACUAUCGUCAAUCCCGGACACAGGUAGUUGUCGUCCAGUUGAAUGUUACCGUUCCGCCCAAAGAGGUUGUCAUUAUGGAUACCGAAGGCCAGAAACUGGAUGGACUGAUCGGGGCUUACGAUGAAAAUUCAAGUGUAUUGUUGAUAUGCGAGGCUGAGGGAGGAAAGCCAAGUCCAUCGGUCGUAUGGUUUCGCGGUAGUCGUCUAAUAGACGAUACCUAUACUAUCGGUCCGCACGGUUUGGUUCGCAACGAACUAAACAUUAGACAACUAAACCGAUCAGAUUUUAUGUCUGUCCUCACAUGUCGUGCCAGUAAUACCAAUCUGUCGGAGCCGGUCGUCAGUUCCGUUGUACUCGACAUGAAUCUAAAACCGUUGGACGUCCUAAUCGUAACACCCAAACGGCCACUGGUGGCCGGCAUACGUACCGAAUUUCAAUGUCGAUCAAGCGGUAGCCGACCCGCGGCCCAGAUAUCCUGGUUCAAGGGUGGCCAUCGAUUGGCCGGCGGUCGCGAGUCCAUCAUAAACGACGGAAAUACUAGUUUUUCGGUCAUUACGUUUGUACCGUCGGUCGAGGACAAUGGCCGCCAAUUGUCGUGUAAGGCCGACAAUAUGCCGAUGGCUCAGAGCAUCGGCCAUCCGGGUCUCGAAGAUAAUCGUAUACUUAAUGUUCAUUUUGCACCACAAAUUGAACUGAAAUUUGGUGCCAACAUCGAUAAGGACGGCAUACGGGAGGGUGCGGACGUCUAUAUGGAGUGUCACAUACGGGCCAAUCCGUGGAUCAAAGAUAUCUAUUGGUGGCUAAACGGAAAACCAUUGAUGCAACCGUCCAUUACUGGUGGUGUGGGUGGUGGAGGGUCGGUAGGUUCAGUGGGUGGUGGACUACCGGCCGGUAUGAUCAUCAGUAACCAGUCGCUGGUCAUACAGAAAGUCAAUCGUCGACACCGGGGUCGCUACCAGUGCACCGGUAUUAACAUUGAGGGCGACUCUACUAGCGAUGCCAUCGAUUUGAUUGUUAACUUUGCACCUGUAUGCAAAGAUGGCCAAAAACGUCAAUACGGUGUCGCCCGCAAUGAAAUAGCACGGGUACGUUGUGAAGUUGAUGCCCAACCAGCCGAUUCAGGCCUAACAUUCAAAUGGUUUGCCAAUACAUCGGACUCGGAGCUAACGGUUUGGCCAGAUUUUACAAUGAAUCGAUCGGUUAGUAUAGCCCAAUAUACACCAAAAUCCCGUGAGUCGUACGGCCAGCUUAUAUGUCUGGCCCAGAAUCAAAUGGGCAAACAACUGGAACCGUGUGUCUAUAAUAUUGUACCGGCAGGUCCACCCGAACCGGUACGUAACUGUGCGGUAACUAAUCACUCGAUGACCACACUAUUGGUCGACUGUGUGGCCGGCGAUGACGGAGGUCUACAUCCGUACUAUUUUAUCGAAGUAUACAAUACCGGCGACCAACUAUUGACGGCAAAUCAUACAUCAUUGGGAAUCGGAGGUAACGGUGCCGGCAAUGGUGGUGGUGGUGGUGGUGGCGGCGAUCCCGGACACCCUGCCUUUACAGUGGACAGCCUACAACCCGGUACACUAUAUACGCUUGUACUGUACGCGGCCAAUGCCAAGGGUCGCAGUCACGGGGUUACACUGAGUGCGGCCACACUGUCGCCACCGGAGAAGCAUAUAUCUAACGCAAGUUUUGAGCAAAUAGUGGUAAACCCGGUGUUGGGUAUAUUGAUAGCAGUGGUCGCCUCUAUGGUACUGAUUGUCAUAAUUGUCGUAAUUGUCAUCAAAAUACGUUACAAUAGCCGCCGAUACGAUAAUAAGCGGACCGACUUAACUGAAUUAAGUUCGCGAGGAAUGCUUAAUAAUUCCUCCCGACACUCACUACAUGUCGAUCCCAUUGAUGAAUGUGAUCAACAAAUCAAAGAGUUUGUCGACGUUGUUACAUCAAUAAAUGAGCAAGGUAACUAA